UCUCGGGCCAAAGGGGAGAGCCUGAUAUCCGACACACCUCCUCCGAUCUAGCUAGGCUCCUCCUCACCCACUCCUCUUCGCCGCGGCAUCUCACCCACCGUCCCGCUCACGGCGCCGCGCCGUACCUCCCCGCCGGCCGCCGCCGCCGCCGCUGCCCCCGCCCCAGCCCACUCCCCUUCCCCGCCGCAUACGGGGCGCUGCACCUUAGCCCCUCCCACCGUCUCAUGGUCGCGCUCCUACGGCCUUCGUUCCCGACCCUGCUCCCGCCCUGCUGCUCCUAUGCCUGGGUAACGCCAGCCGGUCGCCUCCGCCUAUGCCCUCGUCGCCGUGGCCUGCUCAAAUCGUCUCCGCCGGCAGGCCCUCCUCCGCGCCCCCGUGCAGAUCGACGCCUCCUCCUCCUCCUACAGAUGGCCGCCGCGUUGUCCAACCAUUAGACGCCGGCAAGCUUCUACUUUGGGGUCAAGAUGAUCAGCGCCACUAGCUUUUCUACCUGUGUGCCUGAAUACGAUGUUCCUGCUGUUGACGAAGCAGUGGAUACAUCAUGGAAGAGGGAACCGCCUUGGAAGGCACUUUUCCCAUCCACAGCACAACAAAGGCAUCCAACUAUAUGCUCCGAUGGCUCUUGUGAUGCUACUGUAGCGCUGCUUCAGUCAACUAAAGAUGUUGCCACAAAGAGAGUGUCACACAUACUGCAAAAGUUAAUAUGGUUGGUUCUGACAAGCAUCUUGUGAAGCACUUGCAAGUGUAAGUUGCUAGGCUAGAAGCAGAGAACUAAGGACCGCCUGCCAUGCCUCCUCUUCCGAGAUCUGCAUAAUUGAGGACAGGAAAAUUAGACAGCCCUAGGUGGGAACUACGUGCAGUUUGGUGUGUUUGAGCUUUAUGGUGACAGAGCACUUGUGGAUGCGCUUGAUAUAUCUUUAAAGACGACCCUGUCAAUACCAUUGUCUGGUAUAGACAUUUAAAAAGGAGAUUUGAUGGCACUAUGCAGGUGGCAGCAUUGUCAUUCAUCAUGGUGUACAUGAGGGCUGUUGAUACGCCGGAUAACUGCUGGUUCUGAGUGUUGGUACACGCAUGGGUGCAGUUCCACAUCUUCAUGCACAUCGGGUGGAACUUCAGGAUCCCUGAAGCAUCACUCCACCAGCCGGUCAUGCCCCUGAAGAAGUGAAACUGGGAGAUUGCCAUGCCACCCAUUUACAGCAUGGUAUGGUCACGACCUUAGUUCAUUUCUUUAGCAUGUUGUAUUCUUGUGGUCUGAAAUGCGCAAUGCUUACUAGAAUGCAUUAUGGUUGUGGCCACGGUGAUCUUGCUUUGCUCGGACGGUCUAGAUAGAUUGUCGCUGGAUUAUUUCAUUUGCAUGCACAGAAUAAGAAUAUACAUCUUGCCUCUGUCGCGGUCCAUGCCAUGCCAACACCUUGGCAGCGGCCUGGUUCCCUGUCCAACCAACGUGCCAAAUGUGACGGCGAAGACCUCCCGUGCAGUAGCAGCGCUGAUGUCAUUGACAGCGGCUGUUGACACACAGGCCUACCGGGGGCUGGAUUCCAGAUAGAAGAAAUGUUGAAUCACAGCCUUUGCAGCACCACCUCUUUUCUUCUUGAGAUGGAAGAAAUCCAAGCUCCCCACAUAACAUAUACAGAGCUCUCCCUGAGUCCCAGGCCUCGUUUUUUGCUCCGGGGCAAUUUCUUUUUGCUCCAUGCCCACCGAGUGCAUCUUCUCUUGGUCCUUGUGCUGCGAGCACCGAUAUCUGCAAGUGAGAUUGCUCGGCUCCUCACACAAGCCUUUGGUUAGACCAAAACAGGUCAUACAUAGCGGAAGCAGGAAUUGCUUGGGCGAUGGGCUUAACCAUGAUCUCCUUUCCUUCCAGUCCACUGACAAGAAGGGUUCCAGUUCGAGCGAACCCAGGAUUGUUUUUCCACAAGCGGUCUCUGGUGUACUCAAAGCAUUGUGUUACUGAACCAAGGUAUUUACCAUUGGUCGUUCGUUGCUGCAACCCUAGCGCCUGCGUCACCACAUGCUUGACGGCAGGUCUCCCUAGUGUUGUUGCUGGACAUGAUAGAUAGACGACUUAUCCCGGUUAACCAUCUUCCCGGGAGCGGCCUCGUAAAUAUGCAGGAUAUGACCGACCUCGGCCGCACCUUGUGAUGUACUCCCUCCUUCCGGAAAUACUUGUCAUUGAAAAUGGAUGUAUCUAGAUGUAUUUUAGUUGUAGAUACAUCCAUUUCCAUCCAUUUUGAUGACAAGUAUUUCCGGGAGCCACCUUGAUGCCACGGAUUCGCCAUUGCUGGGAUCACCGUGUCCGUGUCCGUGUCCUUGACCUUCAACUUUGAUGCUAUGAGUUUUACAAAGUUGUCACAAAACCCCAACAGGGCAGGAAUGGUAGUUUGAAGGAGAAUUCUUGUGCGUUGCAUUCCAGCAGAAUUGGAGACAGAGAGGAGUCUGGAAGCAGAGCGUCAAAUUCCAUUUCCAGCACGAAUUAGAUAUAAAGAGGGGGGCCUAUAUGCAAAGUAGCAGGGGAAUUUGCAAGCAGCUGACAGCGGGUCCUAUGGGCCAACGGACACUGGGACGGAAAAGGCGGACGGCGUUGGCAAGCCCACUGGCCGUGGCGAGACGCUGACGUGCGGGCCAGCUUCAGGCUGGGCCCGCACGUCAGCCACAGCUGCCCGCGAACCGACAUAGCCGCCCUCCGUUAAAUGGGGGCAGGGAGCGGGACGGCGGUUACUGUUUUGUUUCGGUGCCGUCCCCGUCCCCGUCCCCAAUCCACCCCCUCUCCCUCUCCCGAGCCCGAGCCCGAGGCCGAUCCCCAAUCCCCACCCAAUCCGGCGAUCCCCACCCAAUCCCGCCGCCGCCCGCCGCCUCCAUGGAGGAGGAGGAGGCCCUCGACUCCUUGCCGGGGGAGCACACGCUCGUCGCGGUGCUCCGCCGCCACGCCGAGACCGGCGAGCUCCCGGCGUGGGUCCACGAGGUGAACGUCUACGCUGCCAGCCCGGUCCUUCUCACCGCCGACCGCAAGAAGGUCAUCGCGGAGGACGGAUCCACCGCUUGGUUCUUCCUCUACACCCCCGCGCGCAAGGAGGGCUCAUCCUCCCGCUGCAGCCGCAAAGCGGGCGGCGCGACCUGGAUCGAGGAGCGAACCAGGCCCGUCGAGAAGGCCGGUGCCGACGGCGGCUGGGUCGUGAUCGGACACGCGAGUACCUUCACCUACGGCAAGCGGACAAAAGGCCCCGACAAGAAGAGGAGGACGGAGCGGCUCGGAUGGAUUCUCGUUGAGGUCCGCCUCCCAGGCGAGACGAUGUGCUGCGCCAAGCUCUACCGGUCGCCCAGGAAGACGUCUGCGGCCGCUCCUCCUCCUCCCGCGGCUCCUUCGGCCGCGGUGAACGCUCCUCCUCCUCCCGCGGCUCCAGAGGCCGCGGUGAACGCUCCUCCUCCUCCCGCGGCUCCAGAGGCCGCGGUGAACGCUCCUCCUCCUCCCGCGGCUCCAGAGGCCGCGGUGGUACCUGCUCCUCCUCCCGCGGCUCCUGAGGCCGCGGUGGUGCCCCCUCCCCCUCCCGCGGCUCCAGAGGCCGCGGUGGUACCUGCUCCUCCUCCCGCGGCUCCUGAGGCCGCGGUGGUGCCCCCUCCCCCUCCCGCGGCCCCAGCGGCGGUGGCGGUGCCCCCUGCCCCGGCACCAGCACCAGCUCCAGCCCCAGCGCUGGCCGCGCCCGCACCUCCAGCACCAGCUCCAGUCCCAGCGCUGGCCGCGCCCGCACCUCCAGCACCAGCUCCAGUCCCAGCGCUGGCCGCGCCCGCACCUCCAGCCCCAGCGCUGGCAGUGCCCGUUCCUCCAGCCCCGGCACCAGCCCCGGUGGCUCCUCUGGCUCCAGCAGCACGCUCUCCCCCAGCUCCAGCAGCACACUCUCCGACGCCGGUGGCUCCUCCAGCACCCGCAGAUUCCAGUCCGGACAAGACCUGGGUAAACGUGCUGGUCUCCAAAUUCCCCACGAAGCUUAGUGACAAGGGCAUGUCGAAGCGGGUCCACAAGUUGCUCCUGCCCUCUGAAGGUGGCUUCGACUCUCCCCCCGCCAAGAGAAGGCUGCUCAGCUGCACUGGCUGGCUAAGCAUCAACACUCUCGAGGGAUCAGCUUAGCUACAAGGAACCUUAGUGUGCACCUAAUCUCAUUGCUCUGGAUUACUCAAUCGUAGGUUUACAUUCAAACCUGUCGUCUCUGCUUCACAAUGAAAGUGCAGGAUUCCCUUGACAAGAAGUUGCGAUAUAGAUGAAAUAUUCCUUGCUAUUCAAAGUGAACAACCCUGAAUGUAAUCUGUAGUUUCCUUGUCUUUCUGUAGUGAAAACUCUGAAUAUAAUCAGUAGCUUGAUGAAAAUUUACCUUCCAACUUGAACUUGUCUUCUAUCUUGAUGAGUGUGGUUGUAAUGAAAGUGCGGGAUUCCGUCGACAGCAAGUUGCCAUAUAGAUGAAAUAUGUCUUGCUAUCUUCUGCUUUAUCAUUCGGAUAUUGAUUUCUACCUCCUUCGGGGGAGCAAUGGCACCAACAUUAGUUUACAUUUCAAGAUUCUGAAAUGUAUAUGCUGUCUCUCGAGGGUUCGGCUUAGCUUUCUCUGGAUCAUAUUGUUCAUGUUCUUAGCAGCAAACAGUGGUUUCAAGAUUCUGAAAUGUAUAUGCUGCCUUGGAGGAAUGGCUGGGUAGCAGUAUGGAUGUCCAUACUGGGAGACAAUUUUUGUCAAUGUAGAAUUAGUAUGAAUGUAGAUAUACUCCCUCUGUAAACUAAUAUAAGAGCGUUUAUAGAUCACUAAAACAGUAAUCUAAACACUCUUAUAUUAGUUUACGGAGGGAGUAGUUUAUAUUGGGAAAUAUCUUGCUUGUAAGGUAUAUCUGCUCCCAAACUGCUUUAUGAAAUCUUUUUGUAUUGGACUCGGCAAGAGUCAAGUAGAUAAUAACACUACAACAUUGAUACAACUGCUGUCUGUUUUAUUUUGCAUUUAUUUGAUAACUCUUAUAAAGAAAAUUUUAGCCGUGACGAGUAGGAAUGGAGACAUGUUAGGCUUUCAACAGGGUGAAGUUUCCCAUCUCAUGCCAUCAUGGUUUGUUUAGCCUUUUCUGAAUAAGUUCAUGGUCUUGGUCACUCCUUUCUAUCAUCAACUCUGAUCCUGUGGUAGCCAACUCUUAUCUUGUGCAGACUGUGGAGUUGGCCGAUAUGCUCAUGUCACUGAACCAUCACAUCCAACUGGAAGCAUAUGUCAAUGUCCUGAAGGAACUACCCAGUCCCAGUUCUGAAUAAACUCACUCUCAACCUACAGAGUUUCGGUUUGUAUUUAGCAGGUUCACUGUCGACCAAGAGCUCAAAGUAAUGUCUGGAUAAUUUUAUCCAUGCUUAUGAUUUUCAUUAUCAUGAUCAUCAUUCAUUUGCUGACCUUACAUUUGCGACUUGGAUUCUGCCGAACAAUAACAGCCAACAGUGACUUUACAAGUUGGCAUUCAAACCUUGGUCGUUCCAUCCAAAUAACAACAGUGACUAUCCAUCUUACCCUCUGGAGUCUGUUUUACAGUGAACACCCAUUUGCAUCCAGUUGCUCUUCUUCCUGCUGGGAGUGGGAGAAGAUCCCACGUCUUGUUCUUCUGAACUCUGAAGUGCAUCAAGCUCCUCCUUCAUCGCGUCUAUCUUUCCACCGGGGGAAGCACCUGCCUGCAUAUAGUGAAGCUGAUCAAUUCAUUAGUGCUGGAAACUCUGUUGGUGCGGAUGCUCUCCAUGGUCUAACAGGUACAAAGAUUCAGUCAUCUGCCUCUGCUUACAUGGAGUCGGCGUGGGGCGCUUACGUCUGCCUGCCGGCAGAAGGAGGCCAAGUGGGGGACGAGGAGGUGGGCGAUAAAGCCGGCCAAGAUUCCGGUGAGGAAGGAAGGGUUGGGCGAUCAUGAUCCAGCUGCCAGCGCUGAGGUCUACCAGUAGCAGGACGGCGGCGAUUCUGAUGUGAUGUGGAGAAUGGUUCUAAUGUAAUGGGAGGAAACUGAAUCCGCUCAAGAGGAGGAAGUGAUCAGCAGGGUAUCUAAAUCGAAUGAAACUUAUGCAAUCUCGGUUUUCUUUUUCUGAAUUUGCACGGCAUUAACUACUACUCGUUGGUGCCUGUCAGUUGUUCAUCCUUUGGGAUUACUGUAUGUAAUUGCGUGGUUAAGAAAAUUUGGUGCAUGGGGCGGUUUCGCAAAAUGUUUAGUAGAUGAUAACCUCUUUAUUUUCUUUAUGUUUCUGUAAUGGUGUUUGUUUGGGAAGUCAAGAAAAAAUAUGGUGACGAGUAA